UCAGGAAAAUAAUUAACGGGACUUUAGUAUAUCCAAAUAAUUGAACAAUUACAUGUGGUAUGUGAACACAAUUGCACUACCCAACCACAUCCAAUUAAACAGAUUAAUUUUGAGACAAACAAAUAAAAUGAACAACAUCCGAAGAUUGUGUUCUGGUUUCAGUUCCAAAGUUGUCAGAUUUUCCUAUAGAAAUUACAGUCACAAUUCUUUUAAUGAUAAUUCUGCUUCCAGUUCCUUCCUAACCCAUGGUAUCCAUGUCUUUCAAUGUCCUGAUUCAAUUGGAAUUGUAGCAAAACUAUCAGAUUGCAUUGCCUCUAAUGGUGGUAACAUUAUUGCUGCGGAUGUUUUUGUACCUCAAAAUAAAGGACUCUUCUACUCAAGAACCGAUUUUGUUUUUGAUCAUGUUAAAUGGCCUCGAUUACGAAUGGAAGAGGAUUUCUUAAAAAUCUCUAAAACAUAUAAUGCUGUGAGAUCUAUUCUAAAAGUGCCAGCUCUUGAUCCUAAAUAUAAGAUUGCUGUUCUUGCAUCAAACCAGGACCAUUGUCUAAUUGAUUCGUUGCACGGAUGGCAGGAUGGAAGACUUCCAGUGGAUAUCACUUGUGUAAUUAGUAACCAUGAUAGAGGUCCAGAAAGCGAAGUAAUUCGUUUUCUUCAAAGGCACAAUAUUCCUUAUCAUUAUUUAAAAACAACAAAAGAGAAUAAAAGAGAAGACGAUAUCUUAAAGCUGGUUCAAGACACUGAUUUUUUAGUACUUGCAAGGUAUACGAAGAUAAUAUCGAGCACCUUUUUAAGGAGUUAUGGAAAGGAUAUAAUUAACAUUCACCAUUGCCUGUUGCCAUCAUUUAGAGGCGCCAAUCCAUUUAAGCAGGCCUUCGAUGCAGGUGUGAAAAUAAUUGGUGCAACAAGUCAUUUUGUGACCGAAGGACGUGAUGCUGGGCCUAUUAUUGAACAAAUGGUUGAAAGAGUUUCUCAUAAAGAUGACUUGCAGAGGUUUGUGCAGAAAUCGGAGAACAUUGAGAAACAAUGUCUGUCAAUGGCUAUCAGAUCUUACUGCGAGCUUCGAGUAUUACCAUAUAAAGAAAAGAAUACUGUUGUAUUUUGAGGACAAACAUCAACUAUAUAUAAUGUAAUAUUUUACCAAAAUGUGUAAUUGAACACGUUUAUACGCAACUCACAUUAUACGCAACUUUUGUUACAAGACUUUCUGAGAUAUAUCUUGACACUUAUAACCUGUCAAAAUUUUCACCUGAGAACAGAUGCAAAGAACAUUUAAAUUA